UUUGUUCCUUAUCCUUUCCACGGCUACGGACACCUCAAAUGGAACGAGAUUGGCUUAUCUCUGAAAUCUCGAACACGUCAAGCGUCGAAGUGAUACUUUUCUCUCUUUGGUUGCCGUUCCGACUUUAAGGCCAGCAUAAGGCUGUACACAAUAGCCGGUCGCUCAGAGCCACUUCUCUCGCUAUCGACUUGUCGACAGUCUGAAGGGCAAGCAAACAUCACCGCCAACGCACGUCCACGUUCGAGCAAGUGCGCCUUCGAGUUGCAAAUCUUCCAGGUAGUAAUAUCCUCUCAAGCGGAUAAAUUGCAAUGCCGUAUACGCGCUCUCCGUCCAGCUCUAGCAGGCAAUCCAUUGUCAUUCGCAGGCGGGAUAGCGACGGAUCUGACACGCGGUAUUACGAGGACAGAAGACCGUCCAGAUCACCGAGCUCCACUGAUUAUUAUCGAAAACCUGACAAUGUCCUUGAUGUCGAGCUUCAAGACAUCGCUGGCGGCUCAAACUUCAUUUCGCAGGGCCUCGCCAAACAGUCCACGCUCAACAAGAUCCAGUGGUUGGAAGUCGCACGCCACCGGCAUCACAUUGAGAAGAUCGAGAAACAAAACAUUCUGAGUGUUCGCAGAUACGUUGAUCAAGACGCGCGGGAAAUUGCCGUCGUGCAAUCGCAGCCCGGAGAUAGUGGUCAAAAGAACAGUUAUCAGUUUCAGUGGAUCCACUCGCAAGCGCGGCUUCGAAAGUUGCAGGAUUUUCAGAACUUCGUACCAACCAUUGAUUCUAUCGAUCUAGACGAACGCAGCCUCGCAUCCAUCCUACUGACCAAGGCUAGUUCCGAGCUGGAGGAAGCUCAUGCCACAGGCAAGUUUCUCCAAGAAAGAGUCUAUCGAUGCGAUGGGCAUGGCAACGGCAACCCCAGUAAAUGGGCGAUUUUCAUAUCAACACCGUACCUGAUCCGUGGAGAGGUCGCCGAGGAUGCCAGGACCGAUCCGGAUUUUCAUCGUCCUCGGACCCUCUUUGAAUUUGUCUACAAAGACCAGGAUACUUCGUCGCAAGAUAAACGGCAAAUACUCCAGACGUUGCUGGAUCCAUUAGGAAUUCUCCACGUGCAUAGUCUGUGGGCGCUAUUGUUCAGCUCUGGGACCAUGGUUACAAGCUCUCCAGACUCUAUUAACGACAUGCUCGGACCUUCGGUGCAGGUGACGGACAUCACCAGAACGGCUCAAAACAACGAACUUCAGAUCAUCCGACUCCUAGACCCGAGUGACAGAACAUUUUUCCUCCCGGUGGAACAAUGUCGGACCUGGUUUGCUGUAAUGGAUAAAGUGGUGGGGCUUUGCGGUCGAAGAUUUGGAGACUUACCUGAGUUGUAUCAUUUGAAAGACAAGGAUGGCAUCGAGAUCACCGCCCCGGACUGGCAACCGUUUAUCAGCAGCCAGACCGAGUUUAGUGUCACUAUUCGGGUCUCUCUAUGCUCUACUGCUCCGCCUCCUGAAGCUCCACUAGCUCCUGGGGGUGAGCUAUACACCCCGCCCGACGGCGAUUGGCUUUCUAACCGGAAGGAGCUCGUCAUACGUGCUCGUGAAGACGAUCGUUACGAGCGACCGUCGAGAAGUAUCGUCAGAGAAACAAACCGCCGAAGACAGCCUCUGGAAGGAGCUGAAGAGCGACCAAGAAGACGAAACACAUCACCGCGUGAAAAGAAACGUAAUCAGCGGCUUGAACGCGAGGUGGCGGAGGUGAUGCAGUUUGAUCAACCCAAAUCUUCUGAAGCGACUAUAAGCCCUGCGAGUGUGGUCGACCGCGAACACGUUGGCGCCGCCGCGAUAUCAGGGUCUCUUCCCAGUCGAGAUCCUGCUGCACAAGACUUGGUCGACUCUCCGUCGGAGCUGUCAGAGGCCUCAGCUGAGGAAAAGGCAAAGCUUCAGGUGCCACAGCAAUUGAAGCACAAGAAAGUUUCCGACAAGAGAGGCGCCAAGGGCAAUAUUCAGAUUUCCUAUCCUGCGAUCGACCCUAUCAGAACAAGUACCCUGAGGAGCACACGGAGAUCGACUCACCGCGGCGAGUCUUGGGCGUUAAUUCCCUAUAAACCGCCACCAGAAGCGACUGUCCGAUCGGGCAUUCCUUCUCGCAGACCAGAACGCCACACACGACAGCUGGCGGACGUUGAAAGACCUGGGCUGCAAUCCUCAUCGCGCAGACGCGUCACAGACAGAGAGGAGAAAGCUCUGGUACGUCGAGAGGACACCACUUCAGAAAUAGAUUUCCACUAUGGGGUAAUGCACAGGCCCAAACAACCAAAAUACGAGGUCCGGAACAUUCCUACAACCAUCACGAAUACGGUUCGUGGGGCAGGUGGAUAUGAUCAUAUCUUUUAUGUGCCUAGAGAUAUUUAUGAGUCUCUGAAGAAUCCCCCGAAAGAGAUGCACAAUGUUACAGGCUUGUCCAAAAAUCCUGAAAUGGCAGGCAAUGCAACAGAAGAUAUCAAGGCGCGGGAACAGCUCGGUGAUACUCGGGUCUCAGGGGAAGAAGAGAAACAACCGAGCAAGCCACCAGAACCUACUUGGAAGGUAAAUCAAAAUGAAGGCGACCAACAGCCAGCCCCGCCGCUACCGGUAUUCCUCUGGCCAACCGGCAAUCUGAAGCCAAAACAACCUGGAAACCUUGCGCCUUCAACUAAUGGGACUGUCGGGCGAGAAUCAAGUGACCGAUUCCUGCCCGGAGGCUAUCCGACGACGAGUCUCAGCGCCAUUCUACAAGAUACUUCUGAUUUACAGGUUCUCAACUUUAUCCUCGCCCAGGUGGACUCAAACCUCACUCAAGGAAACCGGGUCAUGGCCCACAGGCUCGGUGGCCUAAGUGAGAAAGAAGGGCCGAUCUAUAAAGGCCUGCUCGAGUCUUCAAAGCAAGCGGUUGCAGAGAGAGUCAAUACGCUUUGCAAAGAAUCUUUGCCGGUCAGGGCGGAAGGGGAGAUGAAAUCGCACCGUGACAUAUUCCCCAAAAUCCAGUUGUGUUUCGACAUUUUGGUGGAGCUGUUGGAGUUCUUCCUUCCUCAAGACUACCCGUCGGUGGUAAUCAAAAAGUUCUGGUACGCCGUCGAGGUUUUCAUCAAAGGACUGCAGCAGUUGAUGUCUGCCAACAAGGCAACGCCGAAGUCACCAAGCACCACUAAGGUAACCGAAACUUACUACGUUGUGAGAGCGGACUCCGCCCCUCGAAGGUCUGGUGAGCCCGAGUUGAAACUUCCUGAACUCGACAUCAAUCGUUGCCAUGAUUGUUUGGAUCAACAAUCAUAUUCGCAGCUUGCGGAUGUUAUCCAGCACUUGCGAGCGUCCCAUUUCAUUGCAACAGAAGUCUCAGAGAUGGAUUUGAAGGAAUGGAUCAGGACGAGUGACGAAGUGGCCGCGUUCCAGCUGGAAUGCGAUGCCAAACGGCUCGUAGACGAAGUUCUCAGUCAUUGUACCAGUCUUCGCACCAUGAAAAACGACAUCAUCGCGGGCACCUGCCGUGAUCGGAAAUUCGAGUCGUCCACGUACCGACUGCCCAACGGGUUGGUCAAAGGCUUUGAACGAAUCUUGAUCAUGAUGGCAUACUCUGGCUACGCCGUCUCGUCGACCCACCAGGCCUAUCGAAAGUCACCCCGUGAGUUUCGUUCUUUCAUGGAGAUUGAACAUAUCAACCAUAUUGUGGAGCUUGGGUACGCGGCUGAAGGAGCAUUUGAAGAAGCCAAGAACAAUCUGAUGCUGAUGAGUCGCGUCAAUGAGUUCUCUAGUAGCAUUCACUACGAUACCGUGGGUCCCGAGUACUUUUUGAUGAUGUUGCUUGGGGAUCUGAAGGACCGAGUGUCGAAGAGACAUCCACUGGACUUGAUCGGAAUUUAUCAGAAACAGCUUGACCGUCUGACUUAUGAGAUCAACAAUCGACCCCGACGCCGCCUUCUGCAAGAGAUACAGAGCCUUGAAGAGGAGGCCCUAGCUGUCACAGAUCUCACGGAACAAGGCUGGUUAACUUUGUCGGACUACUACGACAAGUUAAAUCCGCGGGGGUUCAAAACUACGACGACAACGCGCGACGCCCUCUUUUACGACUUCGAACUCCCCCUCUACGGCAAAUUAUUGCGUGACAGCAGGGAGGACCUCGAAUCGUACAGCCGAAUCCUAGAUGCCAUCCCACGGAUCCGGUCGCUCUUGGUCCAGAGUGUCGAGAUUCAGCAGGAAGACCACGGAAAGGCCAUUCUGGUCUUCACGAUCGUGACCAUCAUCUUCCUGCCCAUGUCCUUUGUUGCGAGUCUCCUCGGCAUGAACACAAAGGACAUUCGCAGUCUUGACGAGGGUCAGUGGAUUUUCUGGGCCGCGGCAAUGCCUCUUACCGUGCUUGUGGUUGCCAUCUCCGUCUGGGUCGGGUACCGGAGUGAAUCACUCAGCCUCCAAUUGUGGCACAUCAGGAAAAGAUUAUUUGCUCGUCAAGGUCUAUCUGGAUAUCUGCGAGAGCAGCAAAAAGCCAUGAACGAAGCAGUCCACGAAAGUGACUACGAAGCACUCUCGCGGCAAAAAUUGUCGCGAUGGGGCAGAAAGUCUACCAAUGUGGCGCAACACCUGAACUCGAGACAUCAAAUGAUGAAUCACUACAGACACUCAGAGCAUGAUGGGGAAGUCUGA